GAAGCGGCCACUGCGCAGAGUGGGCUGAGCCGAAGAGCUCCGUGUGACUGCUGCCGCUGCUCUGAAAUGCUCGCAGUUUGCGGGACGAGCCAACAUCUGUCUCUCUCUCUGUCUUUCACACACACAGAGAAAAAAACACCGCCUCUCGAGUUGUUUUUAUUUUUUUGUUGCCUCCAUUCAACACGGGGAGGCUGGGACGAAGCAGCUAAAAACUGAAUCUGAAAUCCGAGCGCGUCGACUCGACACCAGCCGCUGAACGAACGCGGAUUGGUCAACGUAAAGGCGAGGCGAGGCCAACCUGACUGAUCAUCCAGGGUGUCACAGCUGGUACCUGUCCGAUGUCCCCCCCACACACACUGUGAUGUGUUAUGGCUCCGGCGCUGAGCGGAGAUUGGAGGUCGGAGGCUGCCGCUGCUCCUGGCGGCGCGGCGUGGCUGCAGGUCGUCUCCAUCAGCGUCCUCCUGGGUUCACUGCUGGUCUCCGUGCUGCUGCUGCUGUGCGCCAGCUGCAAGGGGCAGAAAAAAUCAGCAAAUCUAUGCCCAGUUGGGGACCAGGAAAACCUUGUGAAUGGAGUGUCGGAGAGGGAGACGAUCAGCCAAUCAGCAGAGAGUCCACUGACUGACGCCGCCGUCAGCACCUCUCACAACGGCCCCCUAACCAGCGGUACAAUCCUCACAGACACCCAGGACACCAGCCCUCAGCUGUCCGAGGAGGUGCUCUUCAGCCAAUCAGAKCUCAGGUCCUCGAAGUACCAUCAGGACCGUGAGCUUCCCAGCAUCCCCCCCAGCACUGCCCACGUCGAGGACAGACCCCCAGCCUCAGGGGACAACACUUACGAGAUGGUGAAGGACAUCGCCACCGCGUCCCGUGACGUCAGCGUUGAGGACUCCCUGUAUGAGACGGUCAAAGAGCUCAAAGAACCCCCCGCACAAUCCCUCCUCUCCAACGGUACCGUCCAGCCGAGACUCGACGACCCGCCGCCUCCGGUUCUCCUCAACGGCCACAUCAGCCCCUGCACUCCUGAGCGGGGCCCGCUGUACCCGGGGGUGGAGUAYGCCUCCAUCGACCUGAACAAGAAGAGCCGUCACAGCGCUGACAUGGAGGCCAAACGGCACUCGGGURAUGCCGCCGCCACCGCUGCCGCCGCCCCCGGCCCCGGCCCCUCGCACAAAUGUCUGGAGGAACCAGAGGAGGACUUGGCACCGCCGGUGCCAGAGAAGGUUCUGAACGAGAGCGACCAGCCGGUGGUGAUGAACGGGCUGUCGGGGGCUGGGCUGCACAACGGAGAGUUACACUCUCCUCUGUCUGCUGCACCGGACUUCAACAACCACUCUUUGUCGGACAGUGAAUCAGCAGUGUACUCCGUGGUUAACAAGACAAACGGCGACAACGAUGCCGCGGACGACGAAGACAAAGAGCACGACUACAGCAGCAUCGCAGAGAUCAAAGGUCUGGUCCCGRCCUCGUCUUCCAGCGACCUCUACGCCACCGUGCGAGACAUCCAAGARCCCCAGCCGGGCGAGGACGCCUUUAUGGACGGCACAGAUCCUGGCUACGAAUCUAUCCGCAUCCCAAAGACUACCGGCUCAGAUGAGGAUCACAGGGGGGAGGCGGAGGGGGCGGACGUCGCCGGGCCGGAGCACGACUACGAAAGUUUGGCAGAGCUGGGUCUUGGUCGGGACGUGUCUCGUCUUUGAAUCCAACCCCCGUCUCCCUCGCUAAUGAAAAACAGCUGUCAAACAUGCAUCAGUGCUUAACUUGAGGAAAAAAACUGCUUCGUCUACAUCACAGCUUGGGUACGGUUUAUCAUAUCUUUAAUUUAUGAAGCUGGAUAAUCGGUACUGCUGAGCCUUAAAAACACUCGAUUGUGAAAAAUAAAUGAAGUAAAACAUAUCCAAUCACGACACAUAAGCAGCAAUGUAAAUGUCGGCAGAAGACACUCUGUUUAAAAGGUAAGAUAUCAAGUUAUUAGUGCCAUWUGUUCAUGUAAAAUUUAUGCACUUACCGUGUUAUGUGAAGGUAUUGCUAUCUGUGCCCCAAGCUAGACUCCCUAGCUUCCAGUUGACUGGGUGUCACGUCUUGUUGAGGUGUCAGAUGGUGUAUUUCUGGGCUGUUCUUUGUCAGGUCUGUGACACCUCCGAUGUGUAUUCUCGCUACAUGUUCCUGUGAAAAAGUUGACGCAAAAGAAAAAAAAAAAAAAACAGAAGCCGAUUGUUGGUUAAACAAAAGGAUUUUUAAUAGUUCAUGACAUGGAAAAAAAAGGAAGCUAAAAACCCUUUUUAAAUUACUUUUAUUUAUGAGCUUAACRUGACAUGAAAUGUAGAAGACACAUUUGGAAAGCAUUUCUAGAUUUACAGUCUAACACGUUUUUUUUUUAUUUGUAAAACUCAUAAUGUAUUUAUUUGAAAAACUUUAUUUUUAUUGUGUAAUUGUGAAAUGUUGCGGAGUAUGUCUGUUAGACAGAAGUAAAUAGGAUUUUAUAGAAGUUGUGAGCGUUUUUAUUAAAGCUACUAAAUGAGUUAGAUGUGAGGCUAAUGCCUGUGAGGUACGUGUUUUUGUCAAUGUUUGAAGACUUAUUUGUUCUCAGUUUUAAAAAAAAGGUCAAAUACUUGUAAGUAAAAAGGACAACAUAAUUUUAUGAUUGUAUUUUUAACUGCCAUGUAUUUAGUCUUUUUUUUUGGUACAACUAAGUUUUUGUUUGUUUUUUAUGCACAUUUAUUACUUUAUGGUACAACAUUUAUAGCCAACUUAUCAGUUUAGUUACAUUUAUGUAAAAUUUAAAUAAACAACUACAAAUGUUUGUAACCUGUAUCGACGACAUGCCAACUGAGGUCUGUAUAUAUUUAGAGCACUAUUUUAACCAGCUGUUACUCGCAGGAAACUUUGUGUAUUCUUGUACGUUCACAGUAUUUUAAUUUGAUGAGUUCAUUCGUGAAUGUCCGACUUGUUUCAAAAACACCAUGUUCUCCUAAAUCUGUGCAAACUUCACCACACGGUACUGUUUUUUUUUUUUAAAUGGUACGUGCAUUUUUAAAGAGAUUGUGGUACUUUUAAUCCAAAAACAAAAAAAUGCCUAAAUAAUGCCUCAGUUCUGCAGCUUGGUGUUUCAUUUUAAAAGAAUAUGAUAUGUGCUGUAGUCACUAAUAUCCUCAGCUUUUUACAUUAAACUGUUCUUUUUUAAUAUAUUACUUUUUGUCUCAGUGGAAAAUAUUGAAGCUUUUUAGUUUAGGCCUCCUCUGACUGGUGAUUCAUAAGUGAGAUGCUGCUAAAUGAGCCUGAUGUUUUCUGUAUGAUGAGUAUGAAGUGAAAAAUACACUUAUUUCUUGAAGAAGGCCUUUGUGUGUGUGGUUUAGACUUUUUCCCCCUGCAUAAAAACAAGAACAUCUAAGAGUAUUGUUCUCAUGGAAAUGAUGUGGUUUUGUAUUUGGCUGUUGGCAAUCAGAUUUAACGUCCCUCUUCAAACACGGUAGACUUCUGAGGUUGUAUCCAAAGGGGGAAGUUUUUUUCGUGCCAAAUCAGGACAACAUCCAAGGCACUUACCUAAAAUCCCUUAUGUUCUAUGUCAAUCAUACACACACACACACACACACACACCCUUUUCAGGGAGUGGGGGUGUAGUUGAGCCUGUGCUUCAGCUACACACACAAAACUCUUUACUGACACCCAGCUUUGAUCGAGGGGCCUCUUUGUUCAGUUAUGAUCACAUCUGUCAUUUUCCUUUGUCCAGCCUCCAUUCUCUGUAAAUUUUUUAUUAUGAAUUCUAAUAAAUUAUAAAUAUUCAACAAAU